AUGCCUUGUCGAGAUUCUUUGGUCAAGUACAUCGAGACAGAAAUCAUCCCACGAUACAAGCAGUUCGACAAAGCUCACAAUUUGUUGCACGUUCGUUCCGUCAUCACUGAGUCACUGUCUCUUUCGGAGUCCAACCAUUUAGACGAAGAGAUGUGUUACACCAUUGCGGCAUAUCACGACACGGGUAUUGGAAUUGAUCGCGAUACACACCACAUUCUUUCUGGACAAAUUUUAAUGGAAGACCAAAGGCUUCGUGAUUGGUUCACAGAGGACCAACUUCUUAUUAUGAAAGAAGCCAUAGAAGACCAUCGAGCGUCUUCAAAGACACCUCCACGUACCAUCUAUGGAAAAGUUGUAGCUGAAGCUGAUAGAGUUAUAGAUCCCAUCGACACUCUAAGAAGGACAAUUCAAUUCACUUUAAAGAAGAACCCCGUCGACGACUAUACUUAUCACUACAACGCAACACUUAAACACCUCCAUGAGAAAUACGCACGUGGCGGAUAUCUCAAACUCCCCUUCGAACACUCGAGAAAUGCAGACAACCUCCGCAACUUUCAAAAUUUGAUUGAAGAUGAAAUCGCACUCAAGAAGGAGUUUGAUGUCCUUUACAAGGAGGAGGUCGCUUCUCUGUAA